CCCCCAACCAGAGAGCGGGAGGAGCGUCACAGAGGUACACAUUCUGCACAGUCCACCGACAGUAAGUGCGUGAUCAGGUGUUCAACUUCAAAUAAAAACGAUUCGUUGUACAGUCGGGAUGAGUGGAAGGGUUGGCGAUCUCAGUCCCAAGCAGGCUGAAGCUUUGGAACAGUUUCGAGAGAGGAUUCAAGACAUUCUUCCACAGCUUCCUGCCCAGCAUGACCACUUCCUGCUCCGUUGGCUCAGAGCCAGGAACUUCAACAUCCAGAAGGCGGAGGCCAUGCUUCGGAAGCACGUGGACUUCAGGAAACAAGUGGCGGCAGACACCAUCACCACAGAGUGGCACCCUCCAGAGGUGAUAGAGAAGUACCUGUCCGGUGGGAUGUGCGGGUACGACCGCGAGGGGAGCCCCAUCUGGUAUGACGUCAUCGGCCCCAUGGACCCCAAGGGGCUCUUCCUGUCCGCCUCCAAACAGGACUUCAUCAAGUCGAAGAUCCGCGACUGCGAGAAGCUGCAGAAGGAGUGCGACCUGCAAUCCGAAAGGUUGGGGAGGAAUGUAGAGUCCAUCACUAUGAUCUAUGACGUUGAGGGUCUUGGUCUGAAACACUUGUGGAAGCCUGCAAUUGAGACCUAUGGAGAGGUGAACACAUGCACUUACACACGUGAUCUUUUUGCAAAUGACAACGAAACCUCAACGAGUCUGAUAUUGAGCAGGUGUUUUUCUUCCCCAGGUUUCUGCUCUGUAGCUGUGUUUAAAUGUUGCAGCCACUCUUCCAGUUCCCAUGCUAACUGCCUCUUUCUGGUUUGCAUGCGCGUGUCCCAGUUGCACCUGGCAGGGACGGUGCCUACCUCGUACUACGUGCGGGACUCUGUGAAGGUGGACUAUGAGCAGUGUCUGACCGUCAGCAGAGGGUCCACCGAGCAGAUGGAGUACGAGAUCCUGUUCCCCGGCUGUGUACUCAGGUGGCAGUUUGCCAGCGAGGGGGCAGACAUUGGCUUUGGGGUCUUCAUGAAGGCCAAGAAGGGGGAAUGGCAGAAGGCGGGCCAGAUGCAGGAGGUUGUGCCCAGCCAGAGGUACAAUGCUCACCUGGUCCCUGAGGACGGCUCCCUCACCUGCUCUCAGACUGGAGUGUACGUGCUGAGGUUCGACAACACCUACAGCAUCUUCCAGACCAAGCGCAUAAGCUUCACCGUGGAGGUCCUGCUGCCUGUCCAAUCACAGUCCUCCAAGGACCAGGAUGGGCCGGACGAGGGGACCAGCAGACAAUUAUGAUGGACUUUACCGAGUGGCUAUUCCCUCUGCUGGGUAGUUACCCCUAGGCCACGGGGACCCCAUGAAGAUGACCUCGACCAUGACCUUGUCCAUGACCUUUACCUUGACCUCAAGCACUUAACCUUACCAACCAGCCAUCUCCAAGGUACUGCACACCAUGGACCAAAAUGCUGCUUACGCUGCGAACACAAUGGAGGCAUACCCAGAUCAUCUCAGGAUAGCUGGACUGAAUGCACAGGAUAUACGGGCUUACUUGAACAUUGCUGUAUAAUGAUGUCUACAUUUGCGAGAAACACAGUAUUUUGCUGAUAAGUAUCCAUGUAAACUGUAUGUCUGAUGAUGAGGUGGAGCUAUUUAGACAUAUUUUAUCGGGGCUGUGUGCGAUGGCAGGAACUUGUUUUGUGCGUUUGUGUUUAAGAUGUGUUUAAGGCUGUUUUAAAAUCACUCCACCCACCAACCACUCACAAAAGGAAGGUCCUCAUUUUCCCUCUUUCCAUUUCUUUCUUGUAGAUAUCUGUCUCUUAUGCUGUUUAAUCCUAAGGUUAAUAUUUAAGUUGAAUCUUCUUUUUUUUAAUGUUUUAUUUAAUUGAGGAUUCUUUUUUUUCAGAAUUGACAAAGUGAUGUUUAUGUCAGUUUUAUCUUAUCUUGUCUGUUAAUGCACUAGAACAACAUUCCAUUUUCUAAACCACAAUUGUUGUUAGAGACUUUGUCCUGGUAAAAGCUUGCCUUAAACAUUACCAAAUGAAAACAUGCAGCACUAGAUCAGUGUCUAAUCUACUGAUCACAUAGUGUCAGCAUUAUGACUUACUUUGCACUUCAUGAAUAUUAUGGAAUGUAGCUGCCUAGUGUAUAGCCUUAAUUGCUAUAUGGUAUAAUAACCAGUAACAAAAAUGCAUAUUUGAUUUACCUCUUUAUAUCAUUGAUGGUGAUAAUGACCAAGAUCAUUAUGAUUUUAUUUGCUGAAAGCUGAUUUUGGUAUAUGCUUACACUAUUCAUAUUACCACUCCUGCAAUAGUUGGUGUUUAAGUUGUUGAUAACUCAACAAAGAAAUAUAUUUAUGUCUUUACCUCUGGA